GUAUACGUUACAAACCUAUACAUACAUAUAUAUUCAACGUUCAUCAGCAUUCAUGGUUACUGAGACUAUCUCAACAAUGGAGAAGACAGAAGUUCCUCACGUGCUCUUCUUUCCCUUCCCGGCGCAGGGCCACAUCAAGCCCUUUCUGAGUCUAGCGGAGCUUCUUAGCCAUGCGGGUUUUCAAGCUACCUUCAUAAACACAGAACACAACCAUCAUCGUCUCCUCCACAACAAUGACAUCCAUAAUCGCUUCCCCAAGUUUCAGUUCAAGUCUAUACCUGAUGGUCUACCGCCCGAUCACCCACGCUCCGGUCCUCUGUAUAUCCGAGAUUUGUUUCGCUCGAGUAGGGUCUCGUUCAGGCCAGCUUUACGUGAGCUGUUGACUUCGCUUAAAGAAGAAAAGGGGCCGUGUCAGCUCCCAAAGUGCAUAAUAGCUGAUGGUAUUAUGUCUUUUUCCAUUGAUGUUGCAGAAGAGUUUGAAAUUCCUACGAUAUUUUUUCGAACUUACAGUGCUCAUUGCUUGUGGAUUUACUUCCAUUUUUCCCAGCUUAUUGAAGAAGGGGAAGUUCCAUUUCAAGACGAAAACCUCGACCAGCCAAUUUCGUGCAUACCUGGGUUAGAAAAUGUUCUUCGACGUAGAGAUCUUCCGCGCAUCCGUAGAUUUGAAAACGCCGAUGAUCCAAUGUUGCAGUUCUUCAUUAGAGAGACCUCUGUCUUGACUCGAGCUACCGGUCUUAUACUUAACACUGUAAAUGAAAUUGAAGGCCCUAUGAUAACUAGACUGGGUUCUUUUUUCAAGAAAGUUUACGCCAUUGGUCCUCUACAUGCUUUGAAGUCAAGAAUCAAUGAGAAUUCUUCAUCGUCUUCAACUUCAUCCGACGGUAUUUUAUGGAAAGAAGACAAAAAAUGUUUGAAGUGGCUUGAUUCAAAACCGUCGAGAUCAGUAUUAUAUGUUAGUUUUGGGAGCUUGAUAAAUCUAUCUGGUGAACAAAUCCUAGAAUUAUUGCAUGGAUUAGCUAACAGCGAAAAAUCAUUCUUAUGGGUCAUCAGACCUGACUUGAUUGUCGGAGAUGCCACAAUUGGUGAUAUUCUGAAAGAACAGGAAACGGGGAGGAUGGAACGAGGGCUCAUUGUUAGUUGGGCUCCCCAGGAAGAGGUCCUGUCGCACCCGGCAAUUGGUGGGUUUUUGACCCACAGUGGAUGGAACUCAACGCUUGAGAGUAUUGUUGCUGGAGUGCCUAUGAUUUGUUGGCCACAAAUUUCUGAUCAACAGGUUAAUAGCAGGUGUGUGAGCGACAUUUGGAAAGUCGGAUUUGAUAUGAAGGACACUUGUGAUAGAUCAAUCGUUGAGAAAUUAGUAAGAGAACUGAUGGAUAAUAACAGAGAAGAGAUGAUGGAAUCAGCUAAUAAAUUAGCAAUGCUGGCUCGUGAUAGUAUCAAGGAAGAUGGGUCUUCUUGUAUCAACUUAGAGAAGUUGAUUCAGGAUAUCAAAUCUAUGAGCUCUUAGCUCAUCCAAUUACACGUAUAUGUAUGAAAUUACAACUUCUUUCAUCUUCAUCUGAAA